AUGGCCUCUUACUGUGGGAAUUCAGGGGAGGUGUGUGUGAGCGUCUGGGAGAAGUCAGAGGGUAACACCAUUGACACUUUCUGCCAUAACCCAGAGAAUCCCAUUCACGGCAUUAUGCUGAAGGACUACAAUAACAGCAGGUGUGAGAUGGGAAGAGAGGGAAGGAAUGGAGAGAUUGACAUCUGCUCCUGCUCAGAGGACGAGUGUAACGACAUAGUCUACUUCAACACACCCUCCCUGUCUAAGCUAUCUGCUAACACUGGUUUCAAAUUACGCAAACUCUGCAAAUUCUGCGAUGAACAGCCUUCCACCUGUAACAGCACCUCCUCCUGUCUCUCAAACUGCUCCAUCACCGCCAUCUGUGAAGACCCCUCUGAAAUCUGCGUUAGUAUCUGGAGGGAGAAGUCAGAAGGUAACACCAUUGACACUUUCUGCCAUAACCCAGAGAAUCCCAUUCACGGCAUUAUGCUGAAGGACUACAAUAACAGCAGGUGUGAGAUGAGAAGAAGAGAGGGAACGAACGGAGAGGUUGACAUCUGCUCCUGCUCAGAGGACGAGUGUAACGACAUAGUCUACUUCACCACACCCUGCUCUCCCCGCGUGGAAACGAGCCUGGCUGUCUCCCUGGCCGUCGUCUGUUUGGUUCCUCUGCUGGUCUUCGCCGUGGUGAUCGUCUCACUGUUCUACUUUUAUCAAGUCUGUUGCCAGCAUAAGAAAGGAGGCGUCCACGACCGCAGCGAAAUCCGCGCCAUCAUCACGGAGGACGACCGGUCGGACAGCAGCUCCACCCACGCCAACAGUCUGAAUCACAACACAGAACUGCUGCCCAUCGAACUGGACAUGCAGGUGGGGAAAGGUCGCUUCGCGGAGGUCUACAAGGCCAAGCUCAAACAGGGUUCCUCCGCAGCCGGGGAGCAGUUCCAAACCGUUGCUGUCAAAGUUUUCCCUUACGAAGAGCACCUGUCCUGGAAGAAUGAGAAGGACAUCUUCUCUGACGCUGAGCUUCGUCAUGAGAACAUCCUCCACUUCCUCACCGCCGAGGAGAGAAAAUCUCCCGUCUCCAAACAGUACUGGCUGAUAACGGCCUAUCACGAGCAAGGUAACCUGCAGGACUACCUGUCUCGUCACGUCGUCUCCUGGGCCGAACUGUGCGUGCUCGGAGGGUCGCUGGCGCGAGGCGUGGCUCAUCUCCAUAGCGACCGCACGCCCUGCGGCGGACAGAAGGUGCCUAUCGCUCACCGGGACCUGAAGAGCUCCAACAUCCUGGUGAAGCAUGACCUCAGCUGCUGUCUGUGUGACUUUGGGCUGAGCCUGCGGUUGGACAGCUCUCUGUCCGUGGACGAGUUAGCCAACAGCGGUCAGGUGGGGACAGCCAGGUAUAUGGCGCCUGAGGUCCUGGAGUCCAGGAUAAACCUGGAGAACAUCGAGUCCUUCAAACAGACGGAUGUCUACUCCAUGGCUCUGGUACUGUGGGAGAUGACGUCGAGGUGUGAUGCCAUUGGAGAUGUGAAGGAGUAUGAGCCUCCCUUCCAUAAAGUGCAGGAACAUCCGUGUGUGGAGAGUAUGAAGGACAGUGUCAUCAGAGACAGAGAACGACCAGACAUCCCCAACAGCUGGGCUAACCACCUGGGUGUUCAGUCUGUCUGUAAGACCAUAGAAGAGUGUUGGGACCAUGAUCCUGAAGCUCGUCUGACGGCGCUGUGUGUGGCUGAGCGCUUCAUCCAGCUCGAACAGCUGGACAAACUCUCCCAGCGCAGCUCCUCACAGGAGAAAAUCCCACAGACCUCUGUGAGCGACGAAAAAAAGAGCACCACAGUGCCCUCUGCUGGGCUGACAGAGAAACAACACCACCACCAGCACUAA